AUGAACCUACUUGUGCAAAUGAACCCCACGAGGUCAAUGUUUGCCAUCUGCACUAUGGUUUGCUUUGAAGACGGGGACAGUCAGGAACUCCUAUCGGAUCUCUUACCAGCUCGCUUGUUACCAGUCCGCCGGGCCGUUCUAUGGAUUCGAGCUCUGAGAGGUACAGAGGGGACUGCUCCGCUCGAGUGGUCACUCUUAAAGCGAUGCACGGAAUUAAGACAAAGACGAACCGCCUUCCUCUUGUCUAGACUCCCCUCGUUGAGUCUUGGUGCUCCUAUGUAUCAGAUAUUGGCCCCAAGGACCGCUCAGGAUAUCAUAGAUGGCGCAAGAGAUGUGCAGACGGGUCGAUGGUGUUCAGGGAGGUACGGUUCCUCUACCUGUUCGGUCACCGUGGUUGAUUCUCAUAUCUGGUCUCCCCUACCAAAUCCUCAGGCAACGUACUUGUGGCCGAAGAAAUGGAGUGUCAUCAAAUAUCUUACUUACCUAGUAUGUAUCUCUCAAAGACUCGGGGAGAGAUGA